AUGCGACCCCACGCGCUCCUCCUCCUCCCCCUCGCCCUCCUCUCCCCCGUCCUCGCCACUACUCCCCCCACGAUCCUCGACGCCAUCUCCAACAUCUCCAACAACACCCUCAGUCUCAACAGCUCCAUCACGACCUUCCGAUCCGAGUCGGGAAAUCCCCUACAACUACUCCCUAUCGUCAUCCAUUCCAGCUCCCUCCUCGCCUCUAUCAAAUCCGGCACCAAUACCGCCAAAGCCUCCGCCAAUCUGACCUUCGACGAGACCGUCGCCGUCGCCGGCGCCACGCAGUCCCUGGUCUCAAACGUGCAGUCCACGCUGUCCAACAUCAUCGCUGCGAAGCCGCUGUUUAAUCGCGAGCUCGUUAGUCCGGUUAUUUAUUUGGAUCUGGAACUUGAUAAACAGGCUACGGAUCAGUUCUCUGAGGCUGUUAUUAGUAAGGUGCCGUCGGCGCUCCAGGGCCUCGCGCAGCAGAUCGUGGCGCCUGUCGAUACGGCAUUUGAUGCGGCGUUGGCGGCGUAUAAGGGACAGAUUUAA